CUGGCAGAAGGUCCCACGGCUAUAAGGGACGGAUGUUGAAAGGCAGAACGUUUCAGCACCAACGACUGAUCCGCUCAAAGCCGCGGUUGCACGAGUUGAGCCAGAGCAAAUAUCAUCAUGACGACGUUGCAGACGGUGUCGUUCCUGCUGUUUCUGGCGACCCCUGGGCUGACCAUGCCUUCAGAAGUGGACAGAGCCAAGAAGAUGAGUGAUCCUAACCAGUGGAAACACUUAAGACCUCAGAACCAGGCAAAUGGUUGCCUCGUGUCCGGACAAACCUUCAACCACGCCGCCGUCUUCAUCAUGAACAACAAUCCCUGCAUCAAGUAUCAGUGCCAAAAUGGACAAGCACUGCCAAUUGAAAUAAAAUGUCUGGACCAGCAAAACCGGUGCCACGUGGUUGGAAGCAGGACGCGACAAUCAAACUGUCUUAUGAUGCAGUGCCAAACAAAUGGCGUGCUCCAGCACGUGCAAAGUGGUGUGUAUAGUUUUUGA